CGUUUGGUUGAGUUUUGUGUUUGACAUAUGUGAAGAACCAAGAAUCAUAAACCUUGAAUUUGUUGUUAAAACUUCGAAUUGAUGCCUCUAAAAUGAUCUACGAACCUUGGAGAACAUUUCUAUAUAGUUUAAUUGAAGUUUGGUGACCAAAAAUGGAACUUGAGAAAAAUGGGUUAGAGGUUGAAGAUGAUGAAUAGUAACCCCUUCAUCUUCCUGCACUUUCCAACGGAACGGAUGACCGUUCAAACCCAACGGUCGACCGUUACGAACAUUUUUAAGUCCAAAAAUGCUAUUUUUGAAGCUAUAAAAGCCUAAUUUUUUUUAUACCAAUCAAUUAUGAUCAAUAUAAAAAAAAUUGUUAAAAAUAAAAAUGAUGUUUUGACAAAUAAAAUUUCAUGUGAUAAAAUAAAAAUGAUGUUUUGACAAAUAAAAUUUUAUGUGAUGUAUGACGGUAAGCUAAGGUGUUAACACUCGAUGCUAGACCGCUAUUUGUUAUUGGAUAUUGUUAAAAUUAUUAUUGAUGUUGUUUAUAAUCAGACUUUGAUGAAUAUUCUUAUUAAAAUAAUAAUUAUGAAUGAUUAAAUCAUGAUUAAAAAUGAAUAUAUAUAUAAUUAUGAAAUGAUGUGUAUUGUUAAGAGUAUCUAGAAGAACUCUAAGAUAUACCCAUUUAAAUAAUUUAUAUUAAGGUUAUCUACAAGACCUCUAGAAUAGAUCUCAGAUUAGAAGGGAUUGUGAGAAUCUGAAUAUUCGGUGAUUUGAUAAAAAAAAUGUAACGGAACACGUAGACCAAACUAGAGGAUCACUCGUUUGGAAAUACUUUGACUCAAUGAUGAUUAAUUAUUGUCUUAUUGUUGCCUUAAACUAAUUAUAGUUUAAGCGUCUGAGAAAUGUUUGCCUUAAACUAAUUAAAGUUUAAGCGUCGGAGAACUGUUGCCUUAAACUCAUUAUAGUUUAAGCGUCUGAGAAAUGUUUGCCUUAAACUAAUCAUAGUUUAAGCGUCUGAGAAUGAAAUUAUGAUCUAGCCUUAGACUAAGAAUAUAGCUAAGAGCGUUGUUAUGAUCUGGCCUUAGAGUAAGAAUAGUUAAGAGCGUUGUUAUGAUUUGGCCUUAGAUUAAGAACGAUUUAAGAGCAUUAUCGAAAUAAUAACUGAAUUGAAUAAAAUAUGUUGAUAAGAACUGAAUAAUAUCAAAACUGUGAAUGUCUGAAGUGAACAUUGUGUGCAUGAUAUCAAAUGAUUUGAUUAUGAAUUUAGAUUCAGUUUAUAUGGAUGUUCGACGCAUUAGAUAUGCUUACUCAGCUUUACCGCUGAGCGUGUAGUAUGUUUUAAUUGCUACACGCAGUUACAUGUCUGUGAAGAAUCGGAAGUUACAUGAGCAGUUUGAUGCAGAGGCUUCGAGCACUUCUUACAGUGGGACAAGUCCUUCGAAUGAAUCAAGACCUAUAUUUCAUGGAGUUUCAAUUUUUGUAGAUGGAUAUACUGUUCCUUCCAACCAGGAACUCCGAGGUUAUAUGUUGAGGCAUGGGGGGAGAUUUGAAAAUUAUUUCUCAAGGCAAAGUGUUACUCAUAUAAUCUGCAGCAAUCUCCCCGAUAGCAAAAUCAAGAAUGUGAGGUCCUUUAGUCGAGGACUUCCGGUAGUUAAACCUGCAUGGGUCCUAGAUUCUAUUGCUGCUAAUAGACUUUUGAGCUGGGUACCUUAUCAACUGGAUCAAGUUGCAAGUGAAGCUAAUAACCAGCCAAAAUUGUCUGCUUUCUUUACCUCAAAGAACUCCACAUCGCCUGCUAUUAUAGAAAAAAACUCUCCUGACCAGGUAAUAUCUAAUGUUGAGAUGCCAUUGAUGGAAGGGAUCAUCACUGAUUGUGGUCACCUUUCUGGAGUAAGGGGUCCCGCAGAUGCUAGUGCAUGCAUUCCAGAAUCUCUAGUUCCUAGUCAUGUGAACUAUAAUGGAACUGAAGCUGAAGAUUCAUCUUGCAGUGGUAAUGCAAGCUUCAAUACAUCCCACCCCAGCCCUCUUCAUGCUUCUGGUAGCUGCCUGAAUGAGAUGGAUACAGAGGCAUCAAUUUUAAAAGCUCAUAGUCCUAAUAAGCUGCACUCAAGUGUAAUGGAUGCAAAUUUCAUGGAAAAUUAUUUCAAGAAUUCGAGGUUGCAUUUUAUUGGUACCUGGAAAAACCGGUAUCGUAAGCGUUUUCCAAGCUCUUCUGAUGGAUUUAGAUGCACGGCUGUCAUAUCAUCUGAAGAAUCUCAGGCCACUCCAAUAAUUCACGUGGACAUGGAUUGCUUUUUUGUAUCAGUGGUUGUCCGGAACCAUCCUGAGUUGCAGGGAAAACCUGUUGCCAUUUGCCAUUCAGAUAAUCCACGGGGAACAUCAGAAAUUUCAUCCGCAAACUAUACAGCUAGGCAUUAUGGUUGGAUUUGAAUCAAGAUAUUUCUUUUC